GAUCUGUAAGUUUUCUCUCAAAGUAAAGAGGCUCAUAAGCUGGAGGAGAAGAAAAAUAUUAGAUUGGAGAACGUUUUCUUGACUUACAGAGAGACAAAAGAAAGUACUAUGAUGCUUCAACACCCUGGUCUGGGUCCCUCAGAGAUCAGCUGUUCUGCCGUGGUGCCUUGUUUGUCCCCUCCAGCGUCAUUUGGCUUUGAAGAAUUCGCAAACUUUACCCCUUUGGUAAAGGAAGAGCUGAGGUUCGCAAUCCUUAAUAAGUGUCUAGCAAACGAAAUGAACUCGACAAUGGAGUGCAUUACCAUGAACACCGAAAGACCCACAGAACAUCCGCGUGUAAAGAAGGAGAUUCCCCCUGAAGAAAAUGAAAGGAGAAAACGACGAAGGGAAAGAAACAAAAUAGCUGCCACCAAGUGCAGAAACAAAAAAAAGGAGAGGACAGACAGCUUACAGAAAGAAUCAGAAAAACUGGAAUCCAUCAACGCUGACCUCAAAGCCCAAAUUGAGGUGCUGAAGUCAGAGAAGCAACAGCUGGUCUACAUGCUAAACCUGCACCGACCGACCUGCAUUGUCCGAGCUCAGAACGGAAGGACCCCAGAGGAUGAGAGGAAUCUCUUCCUUCAGCAGAUCGCUGAUGGAACGCUGCAGGGCUAGACAACCCUAUUCAAAAACACUAAAAGACAACUCGUGGAUACCAUUGUCUAACAUCCUGAUGAUCUCAUCAUCGUCUGCUGUAUUUGUCAUACCUGCUGGCAAAGACAUUAGGAAGAAGAAUCUGCACACAAAGGAUCACUUUGGCCCAGCAGGGACUGCUGUAAACUGUAAAUAUGGGUUGAUGUACUGAACAGCCAGUGGCCUAAGUUAACUUAAGGUUGUAUUUUACUAUCUGGGGGAAAUAUAACAAACACUCUACUAAUUACUCAAUAUUAGAGAUAUGUUAUCUUCAUGCCAGCCCAGCACCAAUACCAAUUGGUGCUACUACUAAGGGAUAGAUAACCUAAAGUGUAUGGAUAGAUAAUGUCUGUCUUUUCUGGUGAGGGGGCACUUCUAACUGUCCAAUAGCUUACAAGUUGUGUGUUAAAUCAUUUUGCUGUAGUCAAGCUGUUUUUUGUGGUUGGAAACAUAGGUUUGCCUUGAUUUAAAAUAUAAAUCCUGUUUUUGUUUCCAUAAAGCUUAACAUGGCUCAUACUUUUUAAGCCCAAUUGAGAUCCGCGAUCAAAUCUGUUGCUUUCAAGUUUGCAAAGUGGUGUUACGGAUGCAUGAUCGUACAUAAUGACUGCUAAACGCACAGUGUCCUUACAACCUUGUUAUGCUUUUACACUGCAUGGCAGACUCUUUUGAUAUUUAUGGUAGUACCAACAUUCAUUUUAGAUAAGCAUGCAAUAAAUGAGAAGCAAACUAUAAUAAUAUUUUAAAAAGAAGCUUGUAAUCAAUUUAAGUGCUUUAAAGGGCAAAUCCUAUGUGUUCUAAAUUUAAAAAAAAAGAAAACCUUGGAGUGAAAUGUUAAAUUGUGAUUCAAGAGAAGUUAAUAUACAAUAAGGGUCACUUAAGGUAAUAUACAGUAGCUGUUAUAAGAAAGAAUUAUUAAUGACGCAGGCGUCCUGCUUUUUUUGGCUUUUUUUUUAUUAUUGCAUAGUAUAGUUAAUCUACCUAUCAGCAUGCUAGUCAUGACUAAGGUACUACUGAGUAUUUUAACAGAAAGGGAAGCUAAGCUGUUUGUGUGUCCAUCUCUUUGUAUGAUUAAAUUGUGUUAAACCAUUGGUGGUAUUAUUCUGGGUUCAAUCUGUCAAAACUUUAAGUGAUAGGCUUAAGCACUUCAUGGAUGUAGUUAAUUGAAUCGCUACUGUGUUUAGGUAGCGCAAGAUACUCUACAGAAAUGCAUUAAGGAGAUAUUUCUAUACUGUAUGUGAAUUGUUUUUGCUACUUUAAUAAAAAAACAAAUUGUACAUUAACAGUUUUUGAUGUUUCUUUGUAUAUACAGUCGUACCUGUAUUAAGUCACCAGUCUAUUGUACAUCUCAUUUUGCUGUCUUUCGUGUGGCCCAAUUAAAAUGAAAACAUGAGCAA